AUGCUAGAGAUGGCCACCUGUCGAAAUGCUCUUCGCAUCGAGGCACAGCAGGCCGGGGGAUUGAAGAAGCCGAUCAUCGGGCGUGGUCUGCUGGACGUGGUCGCCUUGCGAAAAGACAUCCGACGUGGUCUCCCUGUCGUGCUCACCGACGGGCUGACGCAGAUGGAACAGGAGUGGGAGAUGAAGCAUCGUGGAAUGGGCCAGAUUUGCAAGACCGACAGGGAGAAGGAUUUCCCACUUGAGGUUUUCAGCGCCGGGAUUGUCAUUGACUCGUCGGAAAUGGAGGUCUCUGAUCCAUCGGACAGGACGUGGAUCUUGGAGUUCAUCGCCGAACGUUCCGGCGAGCAGAGAGAUCCUGUCGACCUCGAUCGGUCCCUCCGCAGCUUCUUCGCUCAGUCGGCCCUUGCCCAGUUGUUGCAUAGGCAGAUGUCCAUCAGCCCUUUCUUGAAUGUUAUCGCCGCCCACUCUUCAGAGGAGGAGCUUGCCCUGCCGUGCUUAUCCCACACCCUCAGCGACCCGGGAACGUUUCUGGCCGACCUCUCUCCAACUAUCAGCUGCCUCUCGCAGCUGCGACGCCUCAGACUGGACUUCGGCUGGCGCAGCCUCUAUGCGAACCGAAUGAUUUCCAGCCUUACCUCCGUUGCAGAUCUGGGUGCUGCAAUCAGGCCGCUUGCACAGCUUGAAGACCUGGCGAUUCGGUUGAGUGGCUGCAAGAAUCUUCAGAGCUUGGCUGGUCUGGAUGAUGCAUUGGGCCAGUUAGCAAACUUGAACCGUCUCGAGCUUCACCUGCAGUCUUGCGAACUACUUCAGAACUUUGUGGAGCUCGGGAGGAACUUGGGUCGUUUGGUCAACUUGACGUCCCUGGACUGCUGUCUCGGUGGGUGCCCGCGUUUGGUCGACGCAGAUGUGCGGGAGCUGGGCAAAGGCAUCCGGAAUCUGACCAAGCUGAACCAACUGAAAGUGGAUGUUUCGGGUGCCAAACGCAUCUUUUACUUCACUGAACUCGGACGGAGCAUUCGCUUCCUUCGAGAUCUGCGGCACCUGGAGAUGGAUGUGUCCUUGUGCACGAAUUUGUCGGACGUUUCGACCGUGGGAAACAGUAUGAGGAUGCUUCUCAUAGAGACGGCAAACUUCCAGCCAAAUUCUGGAUCUGUGUUUGCUUUGAAGCUGGAGAAAUCUGGUGUGCGAAUAAACAGGGAGAAGGUCAGUGGUUAUGACGACGCUACGAUGUUCGUCAAGGCCUUGGGAGUGAGGGCGCUGUGCGAUCCGGAUGAAGCUGAUCUUCGGCCACCAUCACCCAAAGGCCGAAAUGUCGUAUGGCUAACGCACCUGGAGGAGCAGGAGAUCAAGCGCAGCUUUCGUGUACCGAUGGGCUGCCAGGGUUUUUUCAAAGGCUGUCCACGCCUUUACUGA